AAAUUUUUCUUUUAAAAGGAAAACAUUUUGUUGCAAGUCAUUAAUACAAAGUUUUGAAAUCAAAGAUGAGUAUAGCUGAACAUUAACAAAGACGAAGAUGUGGGUAUUAUCCUGUACUUCUCCUGCUGCUUAUCCUGCGCACUCGGUGAGACUCUCGACGCCCACUGUUAAAGUCCAUUCAAGUUCUCAACUUUCUCUUCACCACCAUCAUAACCCAUUUGUUCCUGAGGUUGUAAAAGCGCUGGAUUCCUUGCACACAGAAUUUAGAGCUGUGGAUUAUUUGGUGGCAUGCAAUACCUCUCGUGUUCUUAAAGCUUUCCAGAAUGCUCGGGUUGGAUCUCAUCAUUUUGGUGGAUCCACUGGCUAUGGUCAUGAUGAAGCUGGGGGACGCGAAGCACUUGACCAAGUAUUUGCAGAAAUUGUAGGGGCUGAGUCUGCAAUAGUUCGCUCACAGUUUUUUUCAGGAACCCACGCCAUCACCUGUGCAUUGUUUGCUUUUCUGAGGCCAGGAGAUGAGCUCUUGGCAGUUGCUGGCCCUCCUUAUGACACCUUAGAGCAAGUUAUUGGAAAACGGGACUCUCAUGGAUUAGGUUCCUUGAAGGAUUUUGGAGUGAAGUACCGAGAAGUUCCGCUUGCUGAAGAUGGUGGACUUGACUGGGAUGCACUUAUGAGAACUGUAAAACCUCAUACAAAAUGUGCGCUCAUACAAAGAUCUUGUGGUUAUUCAUGGCGUCAAAGUUUAAGCGUGGAUGAUAUAGGGCGAGCUAUAAAGAUUAUCAAGAUGCAAAAUCCUAACUGCUUGGUCAUGGUAGAUAAUUGCUAUGGUGAAUUUGUUGAACAAAUUGAACCUCCGAUGGUGGGUGCAGAUUUGAUUGCAGGCAGUUUGAUUAAAAAUCCAGGUGGAACAAUUGCACCAUGUGGUGGGUAUGUUGCAGGGAGGAAAAAAUGGGUGGAAGCAGCAGCUGCCCGUCUCUCAGCACCAGGGCUUGGAACAGACUGCGGCUCAACCCCUGGUGAUAUUAUGCGGACUUAUUUUCAGGGGCUUUUUCUCGCACCUCAAAUGGUUGGCGAGGCAAUCAAGGGUAGCUUUCUGAUUGCUGAAGUCAUGUCAUCUAAAGGGUAUAAAGUGCAGCCUUUGCCACGUGCCACGCGUCAUGAUACUGUCCAGGCAGUGCAGCUAGGAAACCGAGACCGCCUUCUUGCUUUCUGUGAAGCAGUACAGAGAAGCUCACCGGUUGGUUCAUUCACCAAACCUGUUGCUGGUUCAACUCCGGGAUAUGCAUCAGAGGUUAUCUUUGCUGACGGAACAUUCAUAGACGGAAGUACAAGUGAAUUGUCGUGCGAUGGGCCAUUGAGAGAGCCGUAUGCAGUAUUCUGCCAGGGAGGCACACAUUGGACUCAAUGGGGCCUAGUUUUGGGAGAGAUUUUAAAAUGCAUAUGAUUUUAUUUUGAUUUGACUGGCAAGAGAGGCAAAUUAUGUUCCAUAUCAAUUGUUAUCCAGGGUCUUACAUUUCUGUGCAACAUAGCCUUCCGCAGCUUCCGCUAGAACAGAAUCACCAUUUUAGUCUGCAGCUGAGUAAGUCUCUAUAGAGGUAGCUGUUAACGGCUUCAGCAAUGGACGGAUAGAUCGACCGUGGCGCAUCGAGAUGCAAAUAUUUAAUUCUUCUAUUGAUCAAGUCGUACGGAAUUGGAAAACAAUGCAGUAACACAUUGCGAAUAGAAUAGAUUCAAAUUAUAUAUUGUUGCUAUUCACUGGUUGUCUAUUUAAUGACAACUCAAUUUUGGUAAUGCAUAUACGUACGAAAAUUGGAAUAACAUACUUUUAGGUUUCUAAACUAUACCUGCUUUGUUCA